GGAGACACCCCACCCAUCUCAAAUAUGCCCGAGUUUUAGAGGGUCCUUGAAAGUUUUGUGGAAGAGUUAGUAUAUAAGCAAGCGAGGGAAUCGUGAACCAUCAAUCUCACCUAGAGCAACAGAUCCCAGAAACAGCCAUGUUCGCAAAGAUCGCCAUCUUGUGCGCAGCUCUUGCAGCUGUCAGUGCCAACCCCCUCUUGGCCACUUCCAUCGUCAACACAGGAUCAAGCAUCAGCGCACAAUCCCAAGACGCAAUUGGCAACUAUGCUUUUAACUACGGUACCGCCACCAACGCCAGGGCUGAAGUCGGAGAUGCCGCCGGAAACAAGCAAGGAAGCUACACCAUCACCGACAUUGACGGCAGAGCCCGAAGAGUUGACUACGUCGCCGAUGCUGCAGGUUUCAGAGCUUCCGUCAAGACCAACGAACCUGGAACCGCCCUCAGCGCCCCAGCUUCCGCUGCCAUCGCUAGUCCCUACGCUCCACCAGUCGCUCCAGUAGCACCCGCUGUUGCUGCUCCAGCCCUUGCUGCUGCUCCUCUUCUUGCUGCUCCUGGUCUCGCCUACAGCGGUCUUAUUGGACACGGAGCUGGAUUUUAUGCUCCUGGUCUUGCCAAAACUAUCUUCUGGUAAACAUAGAUUUUUCUGAAUCAGAACGAAAAUUGAAUUUAUGGAAUGGAAAAUUGACAAUGUACAACGCUAUUUAAAAUACCAAAUCAACAAAUUAGGUGUUGGCGGCAGAAACGGCUUCUGUGUUGCAGCUUCAAUAAGCUCUUUGUUUUCAGUCUUUCAUGUAAAUAAUACUUUUAGCAAUAAAAAAAAUUAUUCAA